GAGCUCGCUGAAGUUUGGAGUGAUUCGUGGAAGUUUCAGAUUUGGAAGAGAAAGAUCAGCUGAGAAGCAGGAACUUUUUAAAAUGGCUUUUCGGAGGAGAAACAAGAGCUAUCCUUUCUUCAGCCAAGAGUUUCUCAUUCAGAAUCACGCAGAUAUUGUCUUUAGUCUCGUGAUUUUUAUUUUGAUCGGUUUGAUGUUUGAGACAACGGCGAAAACAGCCAUUUUAUUCAUUCAGCCGCAGUACAACAUCAGCACCUUGACUGCAGAUGGAGAGGUGACUUUAUAUCAUUAUGGAUGGAAAGAUUGUGCCACUCUUCUCUUCUAUCUCUUCAUCACCAUCAUUCUUCAUGCUGUGGUGCAGGAGUAUGUUUUAGAUAAAGUAAACCGACGUCUCCACCUGUCGAAGAGUAAAAACACAAAGUUUAAUGAAUCUGGACAGCUGUGUGUGUUUUAUCUGGUGUCUAGCUUAUGGAGUUUGUACAUCAUAACUACAGAAGGAUAUCUACUACAUCCCAGCAGCCUUUGGGAGAAUUACCCUCAUGUACACUUAAGGUUUCAGGUGAAGUUCUUUUACCUCACACAGUUGGCCUACUGGUUUCAUGCGCUGCCUGAACUAUACUUCCAGAAAGUGAGAAAGGAAGAAAUGCCCCGUCAGCUGCAGUAUAUCAGUCUCUACCUGUUACACAUACUGGCUGCGUAUCUGUUAAAUUUGACUCGAGUUGGGCUAGUUUUGUUGUUUCUGCAGUAUCUCUCUGAAAUGGGCUUCCACCUGUCUCGACUCUUCUACUUUAUUGAUGAAAACCACCACAAAAUGUUUGAGAUGUGGUCCAUUGGGUUCGUUCUGACCCGUAUGAUCACUUUAACACUGAUGUUUCUGGCCGUUGGCUUCGGUUUGGCUCGUUCUGAAAACCAGACGCUGGAUUUAGAAACGGGAAACUUUAACACUCUCUCUAUAAGGUUGCUGGUGUUGUUCGUGGUGUGUUUCACUCAAUCCUGGCUCCUCUGGAAGUUUUUCCGGUUCCAGCUGAGCAGAACGCGCGAGCAGAGGCUGGAGCAGGCGGCACGGAAGAGAGCGGUCGCUAAGCAACAGAUGCAGCGCACGCUGAAACGAGACUCGGUCGGCCACCAUGAGAACGGCAUCAUUAAAGCAGAGAAUGGAACGUCUCCACGUCUGAAGAAGAUCAAAGCUCCUUAAACUUCCCAAAACGCCUCCGAUCCGACGUUUGGCUUCAUCAUAUCGAGGGAAUGGGAAACGGUUCAUCUGCUUGCUGCUUCCCGUUAGGAUAUCAAGAGAAGCGCACGUGGCGUUUCUCAGAGGAAGUGACACCAUAGUACAGCACCCUCAACAGACUCAUUUCAACGUUUAUUUCUUACUUUCAGUAUUCGUGCUAUUUCUUUUGGUUAUGUUUCUGAACUUCACUCAGUCUGUCUUUAUUAAAGUGCUGUUUUGAGGUUAGUUUUUGUAUUUUGCAUGCAAUAAACAGUGACUGGUGGCCUAGGAUGGACACUCAAUUGAUUCAGAUGUGUUACAAAAGCAACAUAUUCUGUGUUUAUAAUGAACAAAAGAAUCACAAGUGUUUUACAGUCCCAAAAGAACCUGUGUUUCAGUUCAGUUUGAGUAUUGUAUUAGUGAAAGACCCUGAAUCAGAGACCAAACACUCACUGACUUAUUCUCCAGGAAUCAUUGUUUAUUCCUCACGUGCUAUAAAACUGUUUAUAAAGUUUCUGCUUUAUAAGUUUGAUAUUUUGUUGUAUAUGACAAUGCUUUAUAAAUAUACAGAGGACCUUUUUUUUGAAAA